CAAACUUUCAAAUCUCUCUCUCUCUCUCGCUCGCUCGCUCGCGCUCUAUCGUCUCUCUCCAUCUUCUGCACCUAUUGUCAUUUUUCUUCCAUUCGGCACCAGCUCAAUUCGAAAACCCUGCUACACUGAAAACUCUCCAAAUCAUUGGAGCCGGCUCCUCAAGCGACGGGGCACCCGUGUUUUUGGUGUUUGGGGACGCUUCAACAGAUGGAGCUCCUAUUCUAGGUCUUCGUUGUGCUUCUCGUUGGCUUUUGAUUUUAGGUGUAUAUCCUACAUCGGAGCAGAAGAAGAGGAACCGCUUUUGGUUACGUCGUCAUUUUAGGGUGCUCUGAUUAUCGUUGGAGGCUCUUACAUCUUUCCCUGAUUAUUGACGUAUUUUAGGGUUUAUCACCUGGUUUCUCGCUUCCAGACACGCUUUCAUUAGGGUUUUCGAGUAACCAAUUUUCAGGUAGAUACCAGAGGGCAACAAAACAUAUAUAAUAACAGACAAGAGCAGUAUGGACACAAAAGCUCGCCGCAAUGAUAAGAAUUCUUUAAGAGCAGAGGUAGGAGAGAUAGACACCAGAGCCCCAUUUCAUUCAGUGAAAGAUGCUGUCAACUUGUUUGUCAAAGGAACUUCCUCAGGGGAGAAACCUGGCAUUAAAAAGUCAAAACCUUCUCCUACAGAGAGAGUUUUGGCAAAAGAGACCCAGCUCCAUUUGGCCCAAAAAGAGGUAAGCAGGCUCAACAGACAAUUGCAAAAUGCUGAAAACACCAAGGUCCAAGCACUUUCUGAGCUUGAAGAGGCUAAACAAACCGUUCAGGAUUUGACUGAUAAGAUCAAAGCUGUAAAGGAAUCCAAGGAGUCCAUAAUUAAAGCAACAGAUGCUGCAAGGAAUCAAGCUAAGAAACUAGAAGAGGUAAAUUCUAUUGGCCUUGAACCAGCUAAUGGUGCUUGGAAACAGGAUUUGGACAGCACAAGAGAACAGUAUACUGCUGCCAUCACUGAGCUUGAUGCUGCAAAACAAGAACUUAGGAAAAUAUGCCAGGAUUUCAAGGCAUUAAUGGAAGCAAAAGUUGCUGCCUUCCAGCAAGUAGCAGAAGCUGGAUAUGCAGUGGAGACUAACAAAGAGAAGGCUGGUGAACUCUCAAGGGAGAUAGCAGCAGUACAAGAAUCAUUGGGGCAUGUGAAGAUUGCUAUUGUGCAAGCACAACAGGAUCGGGAAAAUAAUCUUGCAGAAAAAGAUGCUCAGGGGCAGUCUUAUAAAACUGCUUUAGAAGAAGCUGAGAAGAAGUUAUUAUCCUUGAGAAAAGAGUUCAAUCCUGAACCUACCAGGAAUCUUCAGGCAAAGCUGGCUGAAACAGCUGUUGAGAUAGAGGCUCUAGAAAAGGAGAUUGAAGAUGCUCGAGCUUCUGAUUUGGAUUCAGUGAAAACUGUGACAUUAGAACUUGAUGAUGCUAAAGAUGCGCUACAAAAAGUAGCAGAAGAAGAAAGCUCACUCCAGAGCUUGGUGGAGUCCCUUAAGCUGGAGCUAGAGACUAUUAAGAAAGAGCAUUCUGAUCUGAAAGAGAAAGAAGCAGAAACUGAAUCUGUUGCUGGUAAUCUGCAUGCCAAGCUCCAGAAAAGCAAGAAUGAGCUUGAGGCAGCCCUUGCCUUAGAGUCUAAAGCAAAAGGUGCUUCCGAUGAACUAAUCUCAACACUGCAGCAGCUAACAGCAGAAGCUGAAAAUGCAAGGGUAGAAACAGAAACUAUGAAGAAAAAUGCUGAAGAGCUGAAGAAGGAAGCCCAAGCCACCCGAACUGUGCUAGAAGAAACAGAAAGGAAGCUACUGGUUGCAUUGAAAGAGGCUGAAGAAGCAAAAGCAGCAGAGGCAAUGGCCCUUGAUCAGAUCAAGGUUUUGUCUGAAAGAACAAAUGCAUCUCGUGCAUCACCAUCUGAGUCUGGUGCCAAUAUCACAAUAUCAACAGAAGAGUUUGAAUCUUUGAGCCGGAAAGUUGAGGAAUCUGAUAAAUUAGCUGAAAUGAAAGUAGCUGCUGCAAUGGCUCAGGUGGAAGCUGUGAAGGCAAGUGAGAAUGAAGCACUGAAAAGGUUGGAGGCAACUCAAAAGGAAAUUGAGGAGAUUAAAGCUGCAACAGAGGAAGCCUUGAAGAAGGCAGAGAUGGCAGAAGAAGCAAAAAGAGCAAUUGAGGGAGAACUGCGGAGAUGGCGUGAAAGAGAGCAAAAAAAGGCAGUUGAAGCUGCAACAUUGAUUCUGGCAGAGGCAGAUGUUUCUGUGAAAUCAUCUCCACACUAUGCUCAGGUUCAAAAGCCGAACUCAAAAGCCCGUAAGGUGGAGAAACCGAAAAAGUGUACAUCAAAGAAAGCAUUAUGGCCCAGUUUAAGUGGUUUCUUCAAUAGAAAAAAGAGCAAAGUUGAGGGUGGGUCUCCAUCAUAUCUUCCAGGCGAGAAACCUGUAUAAACUGCGUUUGGUGAUGAUUGUUUAUGUGUUCAGGAAGAAAAACAUUCAUAUGUCUUGGUUUUGUAUAUUGGGAAGGUAUAUUACUUCAUGUUCUUUUCUUUUGUGUCCAUUGUGAAUGGAAAAAAUGGGACAGUGAAUUUUAAAGUUUAAAAUUUUGAGCCUUUGGCCGACCAAGAAAAUGUCUGAGCCUUCCAAGAAUUUUGGCAUUUUCAUCUCCCAGUAUGGUAUCCUGUAGCAAGAGAUGUUUGCCUUUUCUUAUGUACAGUGCAAAGCCUUGUAUUUUGUAUUUCUAAACCUGUAUUUGCACUGUACAUAUUUGUAUUUUUACUCUUCCCAAACUGAGCCUAAUGUUCUCGCCUGGAAAAACUGCUCUCUGUUGUGUAAAGCGAAGCGGUUAGUAAUUGGAACUUGGAAACAUGAAUGAGACAACUUUUUUCUUCUGA